UGCAGACUGCACUGCAUCCAUGUCGUUUCCUGUGUCUUCUGUCGGAAGUGGUGGUUUUCUCUCUCUCUCUCUCUCGAGAGAGAUUCGAACCCUAACCGGUAUUCCCCAACUAUCACGCCGGAAAAAAUAUUUUUUUUCUAUUCCAAAUUCCGAACAUGAGUAUGAGAAAUGGUCCACAUGGGUUCUAUGAUCGAUCUUUACGGCACGAUUUUGCGUGGUCAUGGCGGUGUCGAGAUGGGUACCGACAAAAUCAUCGUUUCUUAAGGAGAAGAAAUUCAAGCAAGCGAUACCGCAGGUGAAGGUGGAAGAUGCUCUGAAAAUAACAUACGAGGCAGUAACGGAUGCAGUGAGGAGAGGGGUCCAUUUCUUCUCGGCCUUGCAGGCUGAUGAUGGCCACUGGCCAGCAGAAAACGCUGGUCCAUUGUUCUUCCUUCCCCCAUUGGUAUUCUGUCUCUACAUCACUGGACAUCUUGAUGAGAUAUUCACUGCAGAUCAUCGAAAAGAGAUCUUCCGAUACAUCUACUGCCACCAGAACGAAGAUGGCGGGUGGGGAUUGCAUAUAGAAGGUCACAGCAUAAUGUUCAGCACCGCACUGAAUUACAUAUGCAUGCGUAUACUUGGAGAAGGUCCAGAUGGUGGACAAGAGAAUGCAUGCAAAAGAGCCCGGCAAUGGAUUCUUGACCAUGGUGGUGUGACUUACAUACCUUCUUGGGGCAAAACUUGGCUUUCGAUACUUGGUGUCUAUGAUUGGUCUGGAAGCAACCCGAUGCCUCCCGAGUUUUGGAUCCUACCUUCAUUUGUUCCUGUGCAUCCAGCGAAAAUGUGGUGCUACUGCCGGAUGGUUUAUAUGCCAAUGUCGUAUCUUUAUGGAAAGAGAUUUGUCGGUCCAAUAACACCUCUUGUUCUGCAAUUACGCAAAGAAUUGUAUGUACAACCUUAUUCAAAAAUCAACUGGAAUAUAGCUCGCCAUCUAUGUGCAAAGGAAGAUGCGUACUGUCCCCAUCCUUUAAUUCAAGAUUUUUUAUGGGACUGUCUUUAUGUCUUCACGGAGCCAUUCCUUUUAUGUUGGCCAUUUAACAAGCUUCUUCGGGAAAAGGCUCUUCAGGCGGCAAUGAAACACAUUCAUUACGAAGAUGAGAAUAGCCGUUAUAUCACAAUUGGAUGCAUCGAAAAGGUACUAUGCAUGCUUGCUUGCUGGGUUGAAGAUCCAAAUGGGGAUCAUUUCAAGAAACACCUCGCCAGAGUCCCUGAUUACCUGUGGAUUGCAGAAGAUGGAAUGAAAAUGCAGAGCUUUGGGAGCCAGCUAUGGGAUACUGGUUUUGCUAUUCAAGCUCUACUUGCAAGUAAUCUCUCGAAUGAAAUUCCCGAUAUACUCAGGAAAGGACACGAUUUCAUGAAGAAGUCUCAGGUUGGAGAGAAUCCUUCAUGUGACUUCAAAGGCAUGUACCGUCACAUUUCCAAAGGAGCAUGGACUUUCUCUGAUCGUGAUCACGGAUGGCAAGCUUCAGACUGCACAGCUGAAGGGUUCAAAUGUUGCCUGCUGUUCUCGAUGAUGUCACCUGAAAUCGUUGGCUCGAAAAUGGAUCCCCAGCAGCUAUAUGAGUCUGUUAAUAUCCUACUGUCUUUACAGAGUAAAAAUGGAGGUGUUACUGCCUGGGAACCUGCCCGUGGACAAAAUUGGUUAGAAUUGCUGAAUCCUACAGAAGUUUUCGCUGACAUUGUGGUUGAGCAUGAAUAUAACGAGUGUACUUCAUCAGCAAUUCAAGCGUUGGUCCUGUUCAAGCAACUACAUCCGAAUCACAUGACAAAAGAGAUCAAUAGUUUCAUUAAGAAGGCAGUGCGAUACAUAGAAAACAUACAAAUGCCUGAUGGUUCAUGGUAUGGAAGCUGGGGAGUUUGCUUCACAUACAGUACGUGGUUUGCUCUUGCAGGCCUAGCAGCUGCUGGUAAGACAUAUAAAAGUUGCCUGGCCAUUCAGAAAGGCGUUCAUUUCCUCCUUACAACACAGAAAGACAAUGGAGGUUGGGGAGAAAGCUACUUGUCAUGUCCUAGAAAGAGAUACAUUCCAUUAGAAGGGGAAAGAUCAAACUUGGUGCAAACCGCUUGGGCUAUGAUGGGCUUGAUUCACGCUGGACAGGGUGAGAGAGAUCCGGUUCCUCUUCACCGCGCUGCAAAACUUAUAAUCAAUUCACAACUGGAGAACGGCGAUUUUCCUCAACAGGAAAUAACAGGAGCAUUUAUGAAGAACUGCUUGUUACACUAUGCUACAUACAGGAACACCUUCCCAUUGUGGGCACUGGCGGACUAUCGGAGGCAGUUCUGUUGCUAUAUGAAAGGUUAAACUUCAAGACUGGUUUUUGAUGUAUGAAGCCAAAAAAAAAAAAAAAAAAAAAACUCGCAGUAUCCACUGUUGCCUUUAAUAUUUUGUUGGUUCUGAUACUUGAAAUGGUUACUGAAGAUGGAUCUUUUGGGCAUUGAACCCUUGUUGUCGGAAUACAAACCAGAUAUUUCUGAGAAAUUCAACUCUCAAAAUGUUCUACU